AUGGUUGACGUUCUGAAAACCCAUCCGUCAUCAUGCCCUCCUAGGCCGUUGCGAUCUGACCUAAACUCGAGAGAUCAGACGCUCUGGUGCGAGUUCCACGGAACCCAUGGGCACAAAACCACCGAUUGUAGACAACUCCGGGAGGAGGUGGCCAACAUGCUUGCCUGGGGACAUCUUCGGGAGUACCUGAGCGAGAGAGGAAGGAAUAAUUAUGGUAGAGCCAAUCCCGCCGAAGAGAUGGACGCGCCAAAUGCUCCCCCGCACGUCAUUAAUAUUAUUUUCGGAGGAGCUAUGAUCGCUGGAACCAGCUUCAUAACAUCAAGAAAGAUGAAGAAUUUGGUAACUCGAGAAAAGAGAACUCGGGAACUUCCAGAUGAUGAUACAAUUACUUUCUCCGACGAAGUCGCAGUAGGUGUCACCUUACCCCAUAAUGAUGCUCUUGUCAUCACCGUACUCAUCGAAAGCUGCCAAGUCAAGAGGGUCAUGGUAGAUCCGGGGAGUUUUGCUAAUAUCCUUCGCUGGAAGGUGGUGGAAGAAAUGGUACUUCUUGAGAAAAUGAUCUAUCGGGCCAGACGCUUUCCGGGUUCAAUAUGGCCAGUGAGAUCACCAAGGGCGAGAUUGACCUGCCCGUGA